AUGGACACUCCGACAUUCCCGCCACCGAAGGAUGCCGCGGAGCAGGAGGUCCUCGAUAGUCUUGUGUCUAUCCGCGACAAACUGCAACUUCUCAAGCAGGAUCGCAAGACGUACAUGCAAAAACAACAUGUUAUUCCUUUAUACCAGGAAACCGUUGAGCAAGUCCGCCGACUCAAUGAAUCUCGUUCCGGCGACCAGAAGAUUGAGGAGAACAGAGUCGAUAGAGUGCUGGAUAGCUGUUUUCAGCUGCUCUCGCUCUGCUUCAUGACGAUUGGCCAGAACAACAGCGCACCAGCUGCUUAUGCUCUUACCGCCACCAUCAAGCGACUACUGGACCACUUGACAGAAGUCGACUUAUUCAGCGCCAAGGAUCUUGAAUCUAUUUCGGAGACACUCAACCAGUUGUCACGCAAUAUCAAGCACAGUUCCGAGUAUUCCUCGCCGUACUUGAUUACCCUUCUCAUGAACCGACUCGAUCUUUGCAAGAGGUCUUUGGCCAGCCUUCAGAAGCGCCUAGGCCGUCUGGAGGACCCAUUGCCAAACGUGCACGAGAAGCUCAUCUCUAUAUUGCGCUCCAUAUCUCUAGCCAAUACACGCACAAAGUUUUCGGCAUCAGAAGUCAAAAGCUUGCGAGCGCAGCUGAAGGAGGUUGACGAGAAAGUCAAAGCCAAUAAGUACUUGACAGUAGAUGGCAGGCAACCGGCAGGCAGCGAGGAUGUCGACUUCUUGUUGAGGAAGUGUUUGCUUUGGUCGGACAUUGUUCUCGAAAGGCGGGGUGUGAUAUCUGAGCCGUUCAAAGCCACCUAUGACAUUCUAGUACGCAUCAGGAACGACCUUGAAACCCUGUCUAUCACUAGCAAGUGGUCCCUUCGCGAGGCAGACCUGUACGACUUUCAGCGCCAGCUGGACAAAAUCGAUGAAAGCCGAGUAAACGGAAACUGGAAGGAUGAAGACGGCAAAGAAGCAGAGCUUUAUAUUCAGAGGACCUUGUUGUACCUUGUCCGGAGAAGUUACGGUUACAUCUACUUCCUGAUGAUUUCGUCGAACCCAGUGUCCGAAGCUUUGCAACCUACCUUCAAUCAGCUUCAAACGUUGAAGAAAUGCUUGAUCGAGGUCAGGAACAAUGGUGGAGUAUCAACUGUGAGGGAGCUGUACCCAUAUAGCCUUAAGCUCAACUCGAUUGACAACUUGCGAGUUGACGGCAAGUUCAUGUUCAACGGCGAUAUUCCUGAAGGCCAAGGAAGCGUAAACGAACUCUUGGCCGAAUGCUUCGAGAUUAACUACGAGCUACGAGUUGCAGCCGAGGCAGCAGCCGAGGCGGCGGACGUGGACGAUGACGAGGAAGAGACGGCAGUGUCUGGGGAUGUGGAUGCCGAGGCCUCAACCGAGGCUCUCGCUAAGGCUCUCGAGGACUCGAAGCUUGAAAACAAGUCCGAAGGUCAGGUCACAGCUUAA